UUUCCCUCGUUCACUGCCGCCGUUGUGCAACUUAUAGUCGCCAUUUUCUGCUUUUUAGUACGCGAGUAUAAACUCGUAUGCACAGAUGGGCAUUAUUGCUCUUUUCUGACAUCACCGUUUUAGAACGCAGAGAAAUCUGCGAUCUGACCGCCGAGGCAUCUUUCUUGGCAGUACCAGUGGGCGAGUGUUAAGGCGACGAUCUAACAAUUUCGAUAAAGCCAAGCCACAUGGGUUGGUUUGUUCGCUUGGAAAUCCUGUAGAAACCACUCAGAUCCAAGGGCGGACGAAGCUGGGGGGCCGCCGCUUGGACGCUGAAGUGAGUGACAGUGUUGGUUGAGUAGGAGCACAGAACCAGUCCGGGAACAUUAAAAGGGAAACUGCCACAACGAAUGCCACAACAAUUGUUAAGCUAGUAAAUCACUGUGCAUUUCACUCCAUGUCCGCCUUACGACUUUAUAAUCAAACAUAAAACCAAGUUUUAGGGGAAUCCGGGAUCCUUCUUGGCACGGCGUUAAAUCCUCAUACGCACAUACCUAAGAAGAUUAACAUGAUACUGGCCAAGAAUAGAACAGACAAAAAGAGUACGCUGACGAUUCUGCAUUUACAUCUGGAACAGAUUCAGGGUAUCUCCGAAUAUACGUGUUUUGACAAAGUGUGCGACGCAAAACAUGAAAGAGCGAGCGUAGCUCCGCGUCUCGAGCUUUCGUAGCAGCUAUCGUCCAGCUGAUUUAGCUUCCACGGUCCUCUUCUUGCUAUCAAAGUUGCGCUAGCAGCCUUUCGAGACUAAGAUCCCGAAGGAUUAAACAUUGCGUGAAGAAAGCGUUUGCCAAAGACAGAGACGCGACAUGGGAGUGCUGCGUCCAACCAAAGCGUUUAUCAUUCUCAAAGAGAGAACCGGAAUUCCAUCGGCACUAAGCCUUCCGCAGAAUCUACAAAAGUAGUCACCUUCAAUGAAGGAUCUCUUAAGGCUAUUGUAUGUGUGUGUGUUGUGACAGAUUGUGUUAGGACGAGAUACGGAAAGAAGACAAAUCUGUUUGCAGGGGGCUUUUUCAAGGGGAGCAUUUCGCUCAAACUCUUCGUUUUCCUGUGUAUCGAUGGUGAAGCGUGUCGCGUCGCAUACUGACUAGCGGCGAGUGGCAUGCUCCAUCUGUCGAUCUCGCGUACCUGUUCCCCCCCGAAUUUUACGCUUGUUACUCAGCAGUUGACGGCUGUCACGGAUUGAAACACGGGAGUUUGUGACUCAUUCCUGCUUCGGGGGAAUACUUUUUUUUCUUUGGCUCCGACAGCGUGUCGUUGCAAACUGCCGGCGGGAUAUCUCGGCAAGAACAAUCAGCUGUACGGAACGCGUGGCACAAUGGGAAGGAGGGAAUCUCUGGUUGGCUUUGAAACGGGCAAGUUGGACAGUGGCGUGAAACAUUCACAAGAAGACAAGGCAUCGGAUGAUACGGCCGCAGAUGCUCUCGAAACUAACGACUCAUCCGACAACUAUGGACCCCGGCCGCCGAAGAGCGAGGAUGCGGCGCGUUUGCGAAAGAUUUACGAUCAGGCACACGAGGGCCGGAAACGCCAACGGAAAGCUAACUUUCAGGCCUUAUUGACGUCUUUCGGUCUUGUGGCAUAUGUGGCGGUGAGCGGUUUUCUCGUUCUUCGUUAUGCUACCCCGAGGUCGAAACGCCCACAGCAAGUUGGUGGUGGGUCCGAUUAUGGCCUCCACGAUGGCUAUCCGGUCCGACACGACAACUGGUAUAUCCGCGACAAGCCUAACCCCCCAGUCCUGACUAUGGACCAACUUUUCGCUUGCGAAAGUGAACGCAGAGAGGGGGACAGAGUUGGAAUUGAGAGUUUUACAGAUUGCGACGGUGAAGCAAUUGGCUGUUUCUUCGCGAUUCGAACAAGCGAGUGCCUGGAACGGAACCAGAGGGAUGGUCGUGUCUACUUUGAGAAGAAGGAACUUCUGGAUGUAGACGGUUCUCAGGCACCUCCUCUGUGUUCUUAAGAGACGAGCUGUGGCGGAGACCGCGACAACGGCAUUUUACCGUGACGGACGGGUUAAGGGUAGGGCACUGUUACGUCUAGAGAGAGAAAGCGGGACGAUGCAGUUCAGUCCUUUAGGGGCUCUUGCGAUUCACAGACUGCCGCGCGCAGUGUCGCUGUUUACUGGCAAAUGAAGGCACACCGCUUUUGACCAUUUCCAGAAUGCUCGGUAGAACCCUUUUCAGAAGGCUUCUCCGCAGUGCGCCUGUCGUUUUCGCUUGCUUCCGGGUUUGAGGUGGUGUUACAUGUGACAGUGGAAAGUCCUCAAGAGUGCGGAUGUGCUUUGUUCUGGGAGACAUUUGUAGGACCAUCGGGGGAAAAGGGAUAGACAGAACCCUGAACGUUUGCACCUGUUCUGAUGUCAGGAUCCCGUAAAGCCGAUCGCUGUUUAGCACCGUGUCAGUUUCAUCAAGAAACGAAGGAAAGUCAGUCAGUCGAACACCUCGAUUGAAGCAGAAGGCAGAACCCAGUGUUCUCCAAAAUGAUAGGCGGUCUCUUGCGUCACCACUUCCGAUGUUCGGGUUCUCAAAAGCCUACGUGAGAGUCUGCAAAGCGUGAGCGUAUCGUGCUUCAGUUGCGCUUGUGCGACGGGGAAUUCGGGCGGUCGAGAGCAGUGCGAAGAAAGUGAGAGGCCAACUGCCGCGUGCAUCCUGUUGAGAGGGCCAUAGAAACGUAGACUGUGUGCUGUGAAACGCCGUGUGUGUUUCGGCUGCGUUUCUCGAAGGUUGUGCAAAAUACAUUUGGCGUUCCGUUAGCCUUUCCAUAGAGUUCCUCGCGAAGGAUGUCUUUGUAAACGAAAACAAAAACUUUCGGCAAUCCGAGGUAGCCAGAAGCCGAGGCAGGAGCAGACCCUCCGGUCCUUCGGCACGAGGCACCUUGCAGGAUAAAGGAAUUCAACACCGUCGCCGCGUUCGUCUGCAACUGCGGCGUCGACAUAUAAACAUACUGCAGUUCUGUUCGAGCCCCUCGAGGGGAAUUAUUCACUCUUCUGGGUAUCCUGUUUCCCCACUUCAACACACAUCAAACGAACGUAAGGUUACACGUAUAUCUACGCAGGAAGGAUGAGCCAAGAGCCUCCCGCACACUGACAAGUCCGUGCAUGCACUGUGCAUAGAGAAACGUAUCUUGUAGGGACAAGAACGGAGACUCUUUGGCCUUGAUGCGUUGUUACGACGUUUCCCCCAGAAUUGUCUGCAGGCAGACGGGGAGUGAGCAACUCGACCCUCGCCUGCGCGUUUGAAAAGACAGACACUCUACCGCAGUUUUUCUUUUCGCCGCUCACGCGAAGUGAGCCGGCUCUUCCCACAUCGUUUCUUCGUUCCUACUCUCCGACUCAAAAAGGACACAAGCAAAAGACUUCUCAUUCUCGCUUCAGGAUCCACACAGACCCACCAGGCAUCCGUAUGCACACUCGCAGGCACACUCCAACUCAAAUCUGCAUGCAUAUACCUAUAUAUAUAUAUAUAUAUAUAUAAAUAACGUAGAUACCAUGCAUUUAUACAGACACGUGUUGGUGUGUACGACUUUUUGAACACACGUGUUCUUCGGGGACUUUGCCUAGGUGUUGAGGUGUCUCGACGU